AUGGCGUUUACAGAUUCAAUUCCUUCGUUUCAAGCAAAUAUUGUUCAGAAUACGGUGAAUGAUUCUUUACAUGUAGCUAGUUCUAAUCAUCCAGGUAUGGCUUUUACAAUUACCGCUUUUAAUGGAAGUAAUUUUCAUGGCUGGAGUAGAACUGUCAAAAUGGCUUUGGGUGCUAAAUUGAAAUUAGGUUUUAUUGAUGGCACUUGUAAGAAACCUGAGAAUGAUGAAGAAAAAUUGCAGAAAUGGAUUAGAUGUGAUUAUAUGGUUACAUGUUGGAUCUUGAACUCUAUGAUAACUAAACUGUCUGAAGCUUUUUUGUAUACCACUUCUGCAUCUGAGUUGUGGAAAGAGAUCACUGAAAGAUAUGGACAAAGUAAUGGUCCAUUGAUUUACCAGUUAGAAAAGGAGUUAAGUGGAAUUACUCAGGGUAGUUUGUCCAUAGCAGCUUUUUUUAAUAAGUUGAAGAAAUGUUGGGAUGAACUUCAUAACCUCAAUGGUCUACCUACAUGUACAUGUGGAAAGAUGAAUGAAUGUACUUGUAAGUUGGUAGAGAAAUUUCUUGAGUUGGAAAGUAGAACAAGGCUUGUGCAGUUUCUUAUGAAGUUAAAUGAUGAUUAUGAAUCUGUGAGGAAUCAGAUUCUUGCUAUGGAUCCCAUGCCUAAUGUGAAUAAGGCAUAUUAUAUAGUACAACAAGUUGAGAAACAGAAACAAAUCACACAUAAUGUGCCUGAUCCAACUGCAUUUUUUGCAAAAAUGAAUGGCAACAAGAAUGGCUUUAGUGGAAAGAAAAUUGGAAAAAGGACCUCAGGUUGA